UGUUCAAGUAUUGGUGGGCACUUUAAUGACGAUAGACAAAAAAAAAAUAUAAAAAACGAACGACUUCAUAACUUGUAUAUAAACCCACAGAAAAUUGAACUAUUUUUUAAACACUUACUCACCAUCACUACAGUCACUGAUUAUUGGUGCCGCCAAACUUUCUCUGGAAUCAUACUAACUAAAAGCAAUCAAAAAUGAACGCCGCAAUAACGACAUCAAUUGUUUUACUACUGGUGACUUGGGGACAGUGUUGUUCACAUGGAGGCAAAAAUCAAAAAGAGAUAACAGGGCGUGUAGAUGAUCGCGCCUUGUCUAGCGCCGUCGUACUGAUUCUCAAAGAAGUUGAUUGGCCCGUAGAUACAACUUACGCGGACGAAAAAGAAUAUUACGGAUCUAUUGUCCAUCCGAAAGCAGUUCUCGUAUUGUCACAUCCGGAAUUUUUACUCGCACCCAACCAAUAUACAGCUAUUGGAGGUUGUCCUCAAGUAUUGAAUAUCGACAAUAAUUCAAAUUUGGAAGAAUGCCAACGGAAAUCAAUUUCAAGAGUAGCUCCGACCGGUUCUACUAGAUUACAGACAUCAAUGAUCUUGAUUCUUAAAGAAAAAUUCACAAUGAAUGAUAAAAUCAAUGUUAUUAGUUUGGCCAAAAGUGCAAAAGAAGUAAAUUCCAAAAAUUGUUACGCUUUUGCCACGACAUAUUUAUUCAAUGACAAAGAUACCCAUCUUGAUUAUAACGCUUUAUUGAUGGCCGUUUACAAGGUAAACCACACCGAGGACACAGUUCUUUUGCAUCAAAGUAACGAUGGUGAUUUCGUUCACGUCCAUGGUGGUAAUUUGGGUUACCAACAUUCAGCAAUAAGAGUGCGGAACGUAAGAUCAUCUCCGAUUGUAUGUGAACGCACUGAUGCACCCAACGCCCAAGGACUUAUUUCUGUUUCACAAAUUGGAUUCCUAAAUAUGGAUUUGUGGAUUGCCGACGCAAAAGAUGAAAUGGAUGUUGAAGUAGAAGAAUCAUCUAAAAAAAUAUAUACUGACGUGCCUAAAAUUAAUGAGGUCGUCAGUCAAAUCAACUAAACUCCAAAUUAAAAAAAAAAAAAAAUGUUAGUAGCCUACGCGGUUUCUGGUGUUGGAUUUAUUGGUAUUAUAUUUAACUCCGAAUGCGAUGUUACUACAGCAUUCAUGGUGUCACUUUUCGUUCUUGUAUUAAUCGACACUUAAAGUGAAUUACAAAUUCAAUGCAAUUUAUGAAUCAAAAUAUGGUUACACUAGAAAUAAAAAUGAAGCACUAGAGUAAGUCGAUUUUAACACCAUUUGUUUAAACAGUACAGUAAAAUAAAUUUUUGAAUUCUAUCGAAUUAUCCGUUCAUUUCAUACUUUAUCGAUAUAU